UGACAAUUUGCCAGCAAUCGCAAAACGUGAGUUGUGCGAGCGAGGCAAGGGCAAGGUUCCGUCGCGUUGAAAUGAUUAAAUUUGUCUUGAAUCCAAACACCAACGUAAAUUGAAUUAUUUUUGGGAGACCGUCGAGUAACGGAUCAGUGGCGGGACAGCUAGUUCCGCGCAAAUUCAAUAUCUGGCAGUUUUGAGCGAUUCGUGGCGCGAGACAAAAGUCCUGAAAAGCGGUCAAUUUGUGGAUUCAGUGGAAAACCGGGCAAAGUGAAAGGAUGGCAGCCAGCAUUCCAACAAAAAUUUACAAUGGCAUCGUCAACUCGGCGGACAAAUUCGUGCCAGACCGUCUGCGCCCUUUGUGGUCGCAUCCAGCAGGUCCCAAGACAGUUUUCUUCUGGGCCCCAGCGUUCAAAUGGGGUCUUGUCCUGGCCGGCAUUGGUGAUUUAGCUCGUCCAGCGGAUCAGCUCUCAAUCGCACAGUCAGCAUCACUGGCGGCAACAGGAAUUAUUUGGUCCCGAUACUCAUUGGUGAUAAUUCCCAAAAACUAUUCGCUGUUUGCUGUCAACCUUUUCGUCGGAAUAACACAAAUUGUCCAGCUCGGCCGAGCCUACAUGCACGCACAAUCACAGAAGAAUCUGCAAUCCGCCUCAACAGAAAAGGAAUCCGUCACUGUACCUGCACCGAAACAAAAAUAAUUAGUUCUAGAUUAGUUGAAUAGAAUGCAAAUACGUAUAUAUUUCGAAUGUGGCUAUUUUAAGAGAAUUUAAAACUGCUUCGGUGAAACCACGAUAUUGAGGAGCAAAGUGAAAUGGGAUUUAGGUGAAACCGUUCACGAUUCGGUAUAAAGUAGAAUUCGGACCCGGUAACAAAAAUGUAGAUAUUUGGCUAGGAACUCAUCACAAUGCUAACCUCUUGUGUUUUUUUUUAAAUGAACUUGGAAUAUUAUGACAGGAUUUUCUAGAAAAAAUAGAAUAAUAAAAAAAUUAAACGAAUUUUCGAAAUUUUGCACUAGAUAUUUAUAUUUCCACGAGAAAAACGAAUCACCGAAUCAGGUAUAUCAAACUGUAAAUAUUUAAUUGCCUGUUAUAGACUUAAUGUCGUUAUUAGAGUUGUUAAGCACAAUUAAAUAAUUUUUUAGAGGAAAAUAUUCAUAUCCAGAAAACGACUAUAUGGUGAUGACUGGACAGUGAGAAUCUGUUUGCCCGCAACAACUUAUAACAAAAUAAUAUCCUUUUCCUUGUCAGAAAUUGGAUCCUAAGACAAAACUCAUGCAUAAUUCUCAAAAUUUAGGACUUCUCCAUAUGCGUGGACAAAUAAACCCUCACUUCCAGGAAUUAUGACCUCCUUUGGGUGCUGACUAAACAAUAUAACGAGGUGCUCUAUAUAUCAGUAUCGUAUACGCCAUAUAUACAGAUUCGCUAGAUUUUAAGUUGUAAAAAACGAAGUGAGUUACCAAGUAUCAAAUAAAUAUAUUUUUUGAAUAAUUUAUUACGUUGGAUAAGAUUGAAUUCAAAUACCGAUGAGGGCUUUAUCAAUUGUGUUCAUUCUACAUUAUUGUGUUUCAUUGUCAAGUAUAAAAUUGUUACCAUUAAGGGGAAUUACAGUUCAUCCAUCUCAUUACAAUCUAGGGGUUUUUGGAGGGAAAUAUAAGGUGCUACGAAUACUUUCAGUUUAGAAUAAAUUUCGUUGAAUGUUAA